UGGGGUGUCCGCGUCUCUGCAUCUGUUCCUGCCCCGCUCGCACAACUCGCGCAACCCGCGCACAGAAAGUUAUUUCAGGAUAUUAUAGCAUUUGUUGCAGCGUUCGUCCCGAUGGCUCCAGACGUUUAUGGCGCACCGUUCGAGGGCCCGGAGAAGCUGCUCGAGGUCUGGUUCGCCCCGAGCGCCCACGCCGUACCCGGCGCCGACAGUGCUCGGGAUGGCAAGUUUGGUCUCCGCAGCGUGCCCCGCGCGGUCUGGGAGGAGAUGCUCGACAUUGUCAAGUGCAAGGUGCUCUCCGUCGUCCAAGGCAUCGAGGUCGACGCCUACCUGCUCAGCGAAUCCUCGCUCUUUGUCUCCCCGCACCGCCUCAUCCUCAAAACAUGCGGCACGACCCUGAACCUCCUCGGGCUUCCGCGCAUCCUGGACAUUGCCGCUGCCCGCGCUAAUCUCACGGCUGUGUACCGUCUCUUCUACUCCCGCAAGUCUUUUAUGUUCCCCGAGCGCCAACAGGGGCCGCACCGCGGCUGGGACGAGGAGGUCCGCUUUUUGGACAACAUCUUCGCCAACGGUUCCGCGUACACCGUCGGCCGCACGAACGGCGACCAUUGGCUGCUAUACAUGGUCGGGCCCCAGGAGGACCAAGGGAGCUCCAGCGCGAGCGGGAGCCCGAGCAUCCCACCCCGGAUUCUGUCCCACAACCACCACCACCACCACCUUCAUGCGGCACCAGCCAUCGACGCGCCCCCGCACCCUCUGCAUGCAGGCGACUGCACGAUCGAAAUCCUGAUGACCCACCUCUCCCCCGCCGCCCGCGCGCCCUUCUUCUUCGGCGACGCGGCCGAACCCUCCGACGCCGCGCCCUCCGCGCCGUUCGACCAGGCCCACGCGCUCCAAGAGUCGAUCGGGAUCACGUCCCUCUUCCCCGCGCACCUCACGACCCUCGACGCGUACGCCUUCUCGCCCUGCGGAUACUCGUCCAACGCGCUCCUCAAGUGGGGCAGCGCUGCCUCCUCUUCCUCCUCCACACCCAACUUCGACGGCACGGGCGGCGAGGGCUACUACACCAUCCACGUCACGCCCGAGGAAGGCUGGUCCUACGCCUCGUUCGAGUGCAACGUCCCGCUUCCCUACCGCCCCUCGGGCUCCUCCGCCGUCGACGACGCGCACGCGAUGCCCGACCUCCAGACGCUCGUCCGCCGCGUCGUCGACAUCUUCCAGCCCGGCCACAUCACCCUCACCAUGUUCGUCUCCUGCGCGGACUCGGCGACCGCCGAGGAGGAAGAAGACGAGAGCGCGGUCGAGGCUGCUCAGCGCGCCUUCAAGGCUGCGCUCACCAGGCCGCAGAGCGCAGGCGCCCAGCCUCGCGCCAACGAAAAGAGGGAAGAACCGCCCGCGUCUCCGUCUAUCCUGACGCGUUUCUGGUCUUCCCUCCCUUUGCCCUUCGCCUCCGCUGACAAAUCGCCCGCCGAGCCUCGGGCGGUCGCAGCUCCGGGUAUCGACAUUCCCGUCAAGGAAGAAGUCGCCGGUCCAUCCGAGGUUAUAGCCGAGGAGAAAGCCCCCGCGUCAUGGGGUAGACUAUACAGGCGCACCGACAAAAUCAACUACGAGUUCCGCGGGUACGACCUCGCCUUCGCCAGCUUCGAACUACGAUAGCAUCGCCGUCCGAUAAAAAUCCUACAAUGCACCGCGGAGACUAUAUGACCCCACACUAGAGACAGCUAGAGACGCUGCGUUCCUCCUCUGUCCCCGACUCGACCGAGAACCGUUCUUUGUAUAUCAGCCGCAAUCGUUUCGCGGACUCGCUAGAUAUCCCUCGCGCGCUCCCAGCGCACAGUAACGAACUUUGACGCCUUCCUCGGUCACCACCUCGACCGGACUGUGCUUGCACCUCCCAGUAUCGCCUACCACGUCUGUUUGCAUCGCUAUCCCUGUUUCAUAUCGAGCUACUCCAUAUAAUACAUCUCA